AUCCUCUAGAAGAUGUUUAUUUGACAAAUUUGGAAGGGGCAGAAGUGAAGUGAAAUUAGUCAAAUUACACCGUGGUUGCUUCUAUACGUCGUCGUUUAGAUUUCCGACUACCCAAAUCGCGGAAGACAGUAACACAUAAAUCAGUUAAAUCUCCCUCCGGUUGCUUCCCUCGACAAUGGCCGGAAAGUCUGAAAAUUUCUUCAAACUUUACGGCUAUGAUCUGCUGUUGGCUUCGAUCGCCUCCUUUUAUGUCUUCGCUGUACCCUACACUAAGGUUGAAGAAAGCUUCAAUGUUCAGGCCAUGCAUGAUAUUUUAUAUCACAAACAUCACUUAGAACAGUAUGAUCAUUUUGACUUCCCCGGAGUUGUUCCUCGCACAUUUGUUGGUGCCUUCUUUGUAUCAAUUUUGGCGUCUCCCAUUGUCCUAGCAAUGAAUUUGGUACACUUGCCAAAGCUUUACAGUCUUUAUGUGGUUCGAUUGGUCUUAGGCUGUAUCACUUUGUUUACAUUGCGGUUUUUUCGGGUACAGAUCAGAAAGAAAUUUGGAUAUCAAGUUGAAGCAUUUUUUGUGAUCCUGACAGCUUCUCAGUUUCAUGUACUGUUUUAUUGCUCUCGUCCUCUUCCUAACGUGUUGGCAUUUUGUUUAGUUAAUUUGGCAUAUGGAUUUUGGCUCAGGGGGAGUUUCUAUGCAGCAUUAAGAUGUUUGAUUUUUGCUACAAUCAUCUUCAGAUGUGAUAUUUUAUUGCUUCUUGCCCCAUUGGGCUUGGAACUGUUGCUGACAAAAUCAAUUUCUCUGUGGAAGGCAGUGAUAUCCUGCUUUGGAACUGCUUUAUGCUGCAUAGGUCUUACAAUCGUGGUUGACUCUGUCAUGUGGAGGAGGUUGUUAUGGCCUGAAUUUGAGGUUUUCUGGUUCAAUUCUGUGUUGAAUCGGAGUUCUGAAUGGGGUACACAUCCUUUUCAUUGGUAUUUCACUUCAGCAUUGCCCCGCUCAUUACUUGCUUCUUAUCCCCUCUUUGUGCUUGGAGUUUUACUGGACAGAAGGAUUUCCUUCUACGUUCUUCCAGUUCUCUCAUUUAUUUUACUGUACUCGAAACUUCCACACAAGGAGCUCCGUUUCAUCAUCAGUUCCAUCCCGAUCUUCAACUUGUCAGCAGCAAUUGCAGCAAGCAGAUUGUAUAAUAACAGGAGAAAGAGUUUCUGGAAUCUUCUCUACAUUGGUAUGCUGGGAUUGAUCUUGGGGAGUCUAGGAUGCACGCUGAUUUUUUUCAUGGCAUCAUAUGAGAACUAUCCUAGCGGCUAUGCUCUAAAAGCCUUGCACAGUAGGGGCAACAUGUCAAACUAUGUAGAUGAACUCCAGGUUCAUAUUGACACCUUCUCAGCAAUAAACGGAAUUUCCCGAUUUUGUGAAAACGGCUAUCCUUGGAGGUACUCGAAAGAAGAAGGUAUUCAUCUGGAAGAGUUUCAGAACAGAAAUUUCACUUUUCUUUUAAAUGAACACUCUGUCAUCGAGGGCUUCAAAUGCCUAUUCACUGUGAAUGGAUUUUCGGGAGUUCGCCUGCAAAAAGGAUUUCCUCCUAUAUCACUGGUGAAGGAACCGAAAGUGUUUGUUCAUGGAAGUAUAAGAAGUGCAGACAUUAUGCAUAGAAGUUGGCCGCAGUGCACAGCCAUAUCUUGAGAGAUCCCAAUUGCUUUUGUCGAAAUUCAACUGCCUGACAGCCGAUCCCUUAUAUGUGUCAAUCUACCAUGCUUCGUGAUAUUUGCUAUUCUAAAAGCUGGAAACACACUGGAAAGGUUAGUCCGUCGUGGAACUCUGGGCAUUACGUAUUUACGUCCACUUAAACAUCAACCAGACUCCUGUUCAAAGCUCCAAGAGUAGUACGUUUUGAAAACUCGAUAACAUAUAUCUAUCUGUUUUCUGGUAAAAGCGUCAAUUUCUUGGGAUAUUCUUGACAGAUUUAUCAGAAAAUUCGUGUAUCCCUUUCCCAUACACAUUUUGGAACAUAUUUUGCAGGAAAUAUUGAAACUUGAAAGAGGCUCCUUUAAGUCUCUGUUUCUUA